AUGUUCGGAUUUGCGGAUUCGAAUGUGCCCGUGGUAACAAAUCACAAUAAACAGAUUCGUCUCGACAUUGGUGGUCAUCUACGCCUGGAAUGUCCAAUUCACAGUACUCCGUCUGGUCGAUUAAUAUCCACGGGGGAACCGUUAGUGCCUGAGUCCCACACGGACUACGGUUCACCCGUACUCUAUCACUGGCAAGUUCGAGAUCGAUUGGACUAUGCUUUGGACCUAGAUCCCCGAUAUCGGUUUAGUGAUAAUCGCCGAGUGCUGGAGGUGAUUGUCCCCCUGGAACUAUCCGAUUCAGGGACGUACACUUGCAUGGGAGUGACCGGUUUCGGCAAACGUGAAGUUACAUUUGACGUACAUAUCCGAGAUCCCAACGCCAAUUUGUUGUGCGCUACACAAUCCCCGUUACAUCCAAACGUUAAAGCUCCCUGUUUUAUCGACCCGAAGUUGAAGCAAAACCCCGUGAAUACUAUUGAAAAGUCGAUAGGAUCGAUGGUUCGGUUAAGCUGUGAAGCCGAAGGUUCCGAACCAAUACGCUAUCGUUGGUUUAUGGGUAAUACCGUUGCUGACUGGAUCACUACAAGUCAAGGUGCACGAGGACCCGUACUGACUAUUGACCAUGUUGGUCGAGAACACACUGGACACUACACAUGCCAGGUUUCCAACCUAGGAGGCAGUUUAAAUUAUACGUAUCGUUUGGUUGUGACUGAGCUUCCGUCCGCUACGCCAAAGAUAGUGAGCAGUGCCAGUAAUCAGACUUUCCGAAGUGACUCCAGUGCCUCGUUGACAGCUCGUAUCAAAUGUGCAUGCGAUGAACCGGUCAUUCAGGUUGGUUUUACUGUCCAUUCAUCACGGGCGUAUUUCAUUCACGAAAGCUGCAUUGAAACUCAAACUUCUGCCUGA